AUGGCACCCGUGAGAGAGAUGGGCACUGAAGCUCCCACCAAGCUAGCGGGCCCAGAGCUUUAUGAGAAGCUAGGAAGGCCCCACAAGAUCGUGGCUCCGAUGGUUGACCAGUCCGAGCUUGCGUGGAGAAUACUUUCGAGACGCUAUGGUGCAGAUCUGGCAUAUACGCCGAUGUAUCAUGCCCGGUUGUUUGCCACAGAACAACACUACAGAGAUGCUAACUUUGGCCCGCUUGAUGGAGAUGCUGCCUGCGAUAGGCCAUUGGUUGUGCAGUUCUGUGCCAACGAUCCAGAAUAUUUGCUUCAGGCUGCAAAGUUUGUUGAGAACCGUUGUGAUGCAGUGGACUUAAAUCUUGGAUGUCCCCAGGGAAUUGCCCGAAAGGGCCAUUAUGGCUCUUUUCUAAUGGAGGACUGGGACCUGGUGAGGUCACUCAUAGCGAAGUUACAUGCCGAACUGGCGAUUCCAGUCACUGCCAAAAUAAGGGUCUACGAUGACUGGGAACGGAGUCUUGAAUAUGCGAGAAUAGUUCUGGACGCCGGUGCCCAGUUUAUCACGAUUCAUGGUCGUACUCGUGAGAUGAAGGGCCAGAAAACAGGCAUUGCUGAUUGGAAAUUACUGAAAUACUUGCGUGACAACCUUCCAAAGGACCAGGUAUUCUUUGCAAACGGAAAUAUCUUAUAUCCGGAGGAUAUCGGACGGUGUAUUGAUCAGGUAGGCUGCGACGGAGUGAUGUCUGCAGAGGGCAAUUUGCAUAAUCCCGGAGUUUUUUGGACUGAGACUGAUGAAAAAGAUAAGCAGUUUCCUCGGAUAGACAAAAUUUCACGUGAGUAUUUUGAGAUCCUCAAAACCACGCCUGGGGAGGCUUCACGAGUGGCUUUCAAGUCCCACAUGUUCAAGAUGUUACGGAACUUCUUGCCCCAUCAUACGGAUAUCCGCGACAAGCUCGCCAGAGUGACCAAACAUCACACACUUGAUCAGAUAGAAACAGAAAUCAUUGAAGAGAUCGAGAGAACUGUCGAAAAAGUGUGUGAAGAGUCGAAGGACGUGGUGGUGACAGGUGAAGUCGAAGAGUGGGGCGGGGCCUACAAGCAGAUCCCCUACUGGAGAUGCCAGCCAUACUUCAGGCGCGUCGAUGGGAAAUCUGGCCAACAGGUGGUCUCCAAUUUGAUCCAAGAUAGAAAACGCAAGGCUGAAAACAUAGAUGCCGAGCAGCCAGACCCCGAGGCCCCCAAAGCCGCACGUCUGGAAGAACCGGGGUAUCGUGCCGCAACCGAUUCGGCAAAAACCGCCGCUUAG